UCACACUCUUUUCUCUCUUAUUUUUUUCAUUCUCAUCGUCAUGGAAUUGCCUCAAGAUAUUCUUUUAGAGAUAUUUUCUUGGUUACCAGGCAAGUCUAUUUGCAAAUUCAAAUCAUGUUGCAUGUCGUUCUCUAACUUUCCAGAAGAAGUCAAUUUUAAAAUAAAGCAAGCUCGAAAUUUGUUGAAGAUGGAAGACACAUGCUUCUUCAUACAACCUGAACAAAAGUGCAAAAAAAUAAUUGAGUUACAUUCUUUACCUAAAGAAAAACAAUCUUCGGGUGUUCCUAACAAUGUUCUAAAAUUCUUAUCGAGUUCAGCUAGUGUAUUAGCUUCUAGUAAUGGUUUAAUUCUUUGUUGCAACAUAAGUGAUCAUGACCCUAUUGAGUUGUUCAUCUGCAAUCCAAUCACAAAGUCACAGUGUUUUAUUCCUACACCCGAGUCACUUCAAGAAAAUUAUCGCAAAGUCAAUAUAAAUAUAUUGUUAGACUGCUCUAAUGGCUGCGUAGAUGAUUAUAAAGUCUACCUUUUUGAAAAUACAAUGGAAUGGUCACCAACUUGUUAUAUAUGCAAGGUUUAUCAUGGCAAAGAAGGUGUGUGGAAAACAAUGGAAAAAAGUUUCUUUCCUGGUAGUAGAAACAUUAAAUUUGACAUGUCUGUGCUUCACAACGGAGUCAUUUAUUUUAUCUCUGAUUGUUCUCCUUACUUUGGUAGAUCGAGCCCUUUUUACAUGCCUUAUAUCGUGUCUUACAAUUUGGAACAUGGAAUGUCAACCAUCCUUAGGUUGCCGGAAGAAGCAACAAAAGGUUGUCAUGAGAAUAAUGUGUCAUGUGACAUGGGCAUCUUUAAAUGGGGUAAACUUACAAAUCAAAAUCAAUCCAUCUGUUUGGUGAGAUUGAGAGAAUGUGUUUUCAAUGUAUGGUUUUUAAAAGAUUGUGAAUCAAGUUCAUGGCAAAAGGUUUUAGAAGUGAGAGUGAAAGCAUUAGGGUUAAAAGAAAAAGACCUUGACGUUAGAGGAUUUAUGGUUAUGAAUGGUGAUCUUUUAAUUUUUGCUACAGAAAAUAAGGUUUAUAGUUGUGGUUUGAGCGGCGAAAGAUUUAUGAUGGUGGAAGAAAUAUGCAGCCAUAAUUGUGGAUAUAGUAUUCGAUUAAUUCCCUACUUAGAUACUCUUCGUUUGUGUGGUACUAAUGUUGAAACCAUGCCUUGUUAGGAAUUGAUGUUACAUGAAAAAAAGAUUUAGUAGAUUUUUAUGUAUUGUUUAGAUUUUGUAAUAUCUUA